AUGGCCGUCCCAGCCAAGAAGAGGAAGAUGAACUUCUCUGAGCGAGAGGUGGAGAUCAUCGUGGAGGAGCUGGAACUGAAGAAGCACCUGCUGGUGAACCACUUCAACGCUGGGGUCUCUCUGGCUGCCAAGAGCGCGGCCUGGCACGGCAUCCUGAGAAGGGUUAAUGCUGUGGCCACCUGCCGCAGGGAGCUGCCUGAGGUCAAGAAGAAGUGGUCUGAUCUCAAGACUGAGGUCCGUCGCAAGGUUGCCCAGGUCCGGGCGGCUGUAGAGGGUGGUGAGGCCCCAGGGCCCACUGAAGAAGAUGGAGCCGGUGGGCCAGGGACAGGUGGUAGCAGCAGUGGCGGUGGCCCAGCUGUAGGCCCGGUACUGCUCACCCCCAUGCAACAGCGCAUCUGCAAUCUGCUGGGUGAGGCCACCAUCAUCAGCCUGCCCAGUACCACAGAGAUCCACCCUGUGGCCCUCGGACCCACGGCUAAUGCAGCCGCAGCCACGGUCACCCUGACACAGAUUCCUACAGAGACCACCUAUCACACCCUGGAGGAGGGAGUGGUGGAGUACUGCACAGCUGAGGCCCCCCCGCCCCUGCCAGCGGAGGCCCCUGUGGAGAUGAUCGCCCAGCACGCGGACCCCUCAGUCAAGCCCCAGGCACUCAAGAGCCGCAUCGCCCUCAACUCAGCCAAGCUGAUCCAGGAGCAGCGGGUCACCAAUCUGCACGUGAAGGAGAUUGCCCAGCACCUGGAGCAGCAGAACGACCUGCUGCAGAUGAUCCGCCGCUCGCAGGAGGUGCAGGCCUGUGCCCAGGAGCGCCAGGCUCAGGCCAUGGAGGGCACCCAGGCGGCCCUGAGUGUCCUCAUUCAGAUCCUCCGGCCCAUGAUUAAAGAUUUCCGCCGCUACUUGCAGAGCCACACACUCAACCCUGCCCCCGCCUCCGACCCUGGACAGAUGGCCCAGAAUGGACAGCCAGACAGCAUCAUCCAGUGAGGGCAAGGGUUCAGCCAGCCUUUAGCUGUGAUUGGAUGACACCGCCGUGGUCCGGCAAGUGGGUCCUGUGACUGAUCUUUGGCUAGGGCAGGCCACAUGGACAGCUCCCUCUUUAAUAGAAUUUAGGGGGUCCACUAUUUCUGAGAAAGGAGACUGGGAAGAGGAACUUAUUGGGGUCCUGGAACCCAAACUCUCUUACCCCCACCACCCGAGCUGCCUUGUUAAGAACCUGAAGACCAGUUAGCUGGGGGUCAGGCGCUGGUGUUGGGACAUGUGUUGUCACGAGCCAGGGCUUGAGACAGGACCAGACUCGGUCAGGGACCCUUGUAAGGAAGGCUCUCACUGGGGAAUCAGCACACAGAGGCGUCUCUGUGCUGAAACGCCAUCUUUUGAGUGAGAUACUGUCAGUGGUGCCUCCUCUGGGAGGCAGAGUGGCAGAGAAACCCCACCCUUUCUCCUCGCUGCACCUCAUUUCUCAGGGGACUCUGUUUAAUGCCGUGACCCCCAUCCCCUGCACAGCAGGGCCUUUGGUAGUGCCCUGCGCUGCCUCUGCAAUACACCUAGGAUAUGGCCCACCGGGCUCGGGAGUGCUGUGCGUGGUGGGGGUGGCUUGGCCGCCUUCUGGUCUUCCACUGCUUCCUGGGGCGGCCCUUUAGUGGUUUAUCCCAACAGCUCUUGACUCAGGUCAAGCAUCAGGCUUUGGGUGCUGUAAAUUUUAGAAAAAGCAAACCAGUGUAGACACUUGUUGCCCCACUGCAGUGAGUCUGUGAUGACCCGUUGGCUCCUUCCAGAAGGUCUGUCUCAAGCCAGUUGUAUUUAUUCUGUUCAUGAACUCCUCCUGGGAAGGCCUCCAGGACCUCCCGGGGCCGCUCCGGCUACUCGCUUCCUCCUUUCCUCUCUACUGACUGUGCAUUUCCAAAACUCUGCAAGAAAAAGCCUGCUCAGCAUCACACCCUGGACUCCCUUCACAUAUUAUUCGGAGCCUUGAGUUCUUUCGAGAACCCCACUGGCUGGCUGGGUGAAUCCGCAGGCCUGAUUGGCCCUGAAUGUGCGAGGUAGGAGCAUCGCUGACCUACAAAGUGGGACUUUGACCUCUGUGCCGCGGAAGAGCAGACAGACCUUGGAGUCCUGAAGGUGGUGGUGGUCCCUGUUCCGCUGUGAUGCUUUCCCCCUUUUAUAGGGAGUUUACCCAGAUGGCAUUUGUCUGUUUCAUUUUCAGAAUGAAAUCUAUUGAAUUGAUUACUGAGACUCUUGCAAUUUUUCCAGAUUAUUUCCCAAGUUUGCCACCUUGCUGCUGGUGCCUUGACCACACAUGACUGAUGGUUACAACUCAAGGCUCCAGAUCUCAGCUAAACAGCGAAGGUGCUGCCCUUCUGGGCACGGGCAUUCAGAAUUGCUCGGCUCCACGGUUGCAGUCAUGAAAGGGUGCCCCCCCCAGACGGUUGGGAGGUGACUCCUGUGCCACCAGUCUCUCUGCAGAGGCCAUGUGCAGGGCCAGCUACAGAGCAAUGGAGAGGAAUCAGGCCUGUGAGGGGGUUGGGUGGCAGAAGAAAAGCUCUUCUCAGUGUGGCUGGCAACCUGGGCACCCUUCCUCCCAGGAGCCUGAUGGCCCCAGCAGGGUAGCUGCAAGGACUUCCUGAGGAUUUUCAGUCUGGUUUGUUUUUUCUCUGGGAUUGGCAACCUGAACCAAUAUUGUGUCUGUUCCAAUUGGGUAUAAAGAGGAAGGAAGCCCAGAUCACUUAAACUGACUGGUUCUUUCCAGGUCAUAAUUUUAAAUUAAAGAAAUCUCAUUUUUUUUUAUAUACCCAUGUCUGUGUCUUUAUUGGUUAUAUAUAGAAGAGAUAUGGGCUGGCACACUGUGGCCCACAGGUCAAAUCUGGCCCCUACCUGUCUUUGUAAAUAAAGUUUUAUUGGAACAUA